CCGGAUUUCCUCCACUCUCCUAGACUCCGCCCCACAAAAACAGAUUCGCUCUCAGCUUUAUAAAAUAUCGGCCCGGCAGAAUGUGCAGACCCAGAUCUCUCAUUAACAUUGUUGCCUUCCAAGCUUUAUAAAAGCCCUCAUCGUCCCCUCUACUCCAUUCUGUCAUUUGUUGUUUCUAGUUUCUUGGUUCUUCUAUUCUGUACUGCUCUCUCCCUCUCUCUAUUGCCUUCCUCUUCCUUGUCUGUUUCCGAUUCUGGACACACAAUUUUCAAGUCUGUAUUUAAUCAUAGACGUAUUCUCCGUACAUACAUAAUCCUACAUUUAUAGGCUAAAAAUACACAAUGGGGAGGAAGGAAACAAAAGGGAGGACCUCUAGAAUCGGCAGCUAUGCGAUUGCUUCUUCAAUCUCUGACCCCAAUUCAGUUUCUUGCACAACCUUCAAUAUCCUUGCCCCCAUUUACAAAAGAAUCGCUCACGAGGAACCGAGCAUUAGAGAAAGCCAUUUCAGGGAGUUUUGGCUGGAUAGGAACCAGAGGAUUUUGGAUUGUUUAUUGUUAGAAAGAUCUUCCAUCAUUUGUCUUCAGGAAUUUUGGGUUGGGAAUGAAGAGCUUGUUGAUCUGUAUAACAAGAGACUAGGAGAUGCUGGCUAUCUUAUUUUUAAGCUUGGCCGAACUAACGGCCGUGGUGAUGGUCUGCUGACUGCUGUUCACAAGGAUUACUUUACAGUAAUAAGCCAUCAAGAGUUGCAUUUCAAUGAUUUUGGAGACCGAGUUGCACAGUUGUUACAUGUUGAGCUAGUUUUACCCCCCUCAGCAUGCCAGAAUAAUAAUGUUAAACAAGAGAUUCUUAUAGUUAACACACACUUGCUUUUCCCGCACGAUUCAAGUCUUUGCUUGGAACGAUUGCGUCAGGUGUAUAAAAUACUGCAAUAUGUGGAAUCAUAUAAAAAAGAAAAUAAGCUUAACCCUUUACCGAUCAUACUCUGUGGGGAUUGGAAUGGAAGCAAAAGAGGACAUGUUUACAAGUUCUUGAGGUCUCAGGGAUUUGUAUCAUCAUAUGAUACUGCACAUCAGUACACCGAUGCAGAUGCACAUAAGUGGGUGAGCCAUCGUAAUCAUCGAGGGAACAUCUGUGGAGUAGAUUUUAUAUGGCUCCUUAAUCCUACCAAAUACAGAAAGUUGCUAAAAACAAGUUGGAGUCAGGCCAUCUUUGGGAUGUUUAAGUAUCAACUUCGCCGAGCCUCUUUGUCAGAGGAGAAUGCAUUUGCCUUUUUGAAGGCUGAUAGAGAUGAAGAUUGCAUUACAUAUUCAGAUUUCUAUGAAGCAUUGCGGCAGCUUAAUUUAAUUGGCCAUCGUAACGGACUAAGUAUUCAGGAGAUUAGUGAUUUGUGGGUGGAAACAGAUAUUGAUGGAAAUGGUGUUGUUGAUUACAAAGAAUUCAAGCAACGCAUAUGGAACCCGACAUGGUCAGAACAAAGAGACGUAGCCUGCAACGACUCUUGGGAUGACAGUGAAAACGCCAGUGAGGAAACAAUUGGUUUUAGCAUCCAGAAUGCAGUUAUUUUCCCAAAGGAAGCAGAGAAGGGAAUAUGGCCCGAAAACUACUCUCUCUCUGAUCAUGCCAAGCUAACUGUUGUAUUUUCACCCGUAAGAAUGUGUGAUCUUAGUCGUCCAGCAAACCGCUGAAAUGCUGUAGUUUAGAAUUAGUUUCAAGUGGAAACGGUCUUGUCGGAUUAUAGUUAGAUCACACAGCCUACUUCCUGUGAUCCAUGGCUUCUCUGUUAGAAGACACGUGCGGGAGGUUACGUAGGGAGAAGACCUGAUUGGGAAAUGAUUGCUUUCAUCAAAUAUCAUCCCAGUUGAUAUGGUUGCAGAUAAAUUUUAUUGCCUUUUCUAUUAGACUAUUACCAUAUGUUGGUUAUUAGUCAAUUAAGGUCACACCUUUUAUGUAAAAAGGUUUGGUGUAAAUAAUAUUUGCUGGAUCUUUAAUUUGUAGAAGAAAUGGCCUCUUGCGGCUCAUUCAUCUACUCGAGUUGAUCACGGACUGAUUAUCUAGUUGGUCUGAUUCUGAGAAGGCCAUUGUUUAUGCCUUCCAUCGCAAUUAAUAAAUUACUACGUAACUAGUGUAACACCCGGGGCAUGCCCCGGUAGUGUCACUUUGAUAAGUAUUAAAAUGAAGAACAUCAAUAGAGGUUAAUAAUAUUCACUCAAUGGUGUAAAUGUGAUGGUAUAAUGUUAAUAAAGAAGAAUAUAUGUGCUAAUAUAUUUUUUAAUAUAUGAGAAUUGCCGAUUCAAAAUCAUUAAUGUGUACGUAUACGAUUUAUAGUGGUUUGGAAAGUAAAUGCAAAUAUGAAUUUGUUUAGUAUUAUAGAUUAUUCAUAAGCAUUAAAUUAAAUUUAAUCUUUUU